AUGUUUGCAUGCAGGAAGUGCUUGUUUGAGCUUUUACACAAGUGAACUACAAGUACUUGUUUGUUUGUAUUACACACAUAUUCAUUUAAUUUGGAUAAUGAUUAGUAUGCUACCGUAAUUGUUAAGCUAUUUAGUGCUAUAACUAGUUUCGUAAAUUGCACGGUUUUAAAAUGUAGUUACUUUGUAUGUAGAAUUGCCGAUAGUCUCGUCUUUUUAAACAUAAUUGGGAUUUAAUGUAAAACCUCUAGUCACUGUUUAUAUUGACAUAUUUAACAAUUAAUUAAGACCUGCCUUUUAUCUGAUGACGCUUUUGUUUGUAGAAUAACCAUGGCUCAGGUUAAACAUAAAGAAGGUGACAUGGUUCAUGCGAAAAGGAGUAAAACGCUGAUUGUUCGCCACCUGCCUUCAGAACUGACUCGGAACGAAAAGGAAGAUCUCCUGAAAUAUUUUGGUGCGGUUUCAGCUAGAGUCUUUUCGGAUAAAGGAAGAUUGAAACAUACUGCUUUUGCUACCUUUGCUGGAGAAAAUGCUGCUGCUAAGGCACUUACUAGAUUGCAUCAGUUGGAGAUCCUUAAUCAUACCUUAGUGGUGGAGUUUGCAAAGGACCAAGAAAGUGUUCACCUACUGAGUCAACCGGCAAUUUCAGAUAAAAGUUUACAAGAUGGUCAAGUUGCAAAUGGUAAAGAAAAGACAGAAAGAAAACCACAGAGCAUUCCUUUAAUUGAAAAUGGAGUGGCUCCCAGCCUAGGAUUACAUUUUCCUCCGAAUCCUUCUCUGAAGUAUUUAUAUCCACCGCCUACAAAUGGGAUUUUGGCAAAUAUAGCAAAUGCCAUGGCAAGUGUACCAAAAUUCUAUGUACAGGUACUUCACUUAAUGAACAAGAUGAACCUGCCCAGUCCAUUUGGGCCUAUUACUGCUAGACCUCCUCUGUACGAGGAGUUUGUUCCUGCUCCUCCACCACCCAUGCCCCCUCUGCCCCCCGAAGAGCCCCCUCUGCCUGAAGAAGAGAUGGAGUUCUCAAGUGAAGAAGAAUCGGAGUAUGAGACUGACGAUGAUGAGGAAAAAGAAAGAAUGGUGAGGCUGAUGGGACUGGCAAAUCAGCCAUCCAAAAGGCCCCAGAGAAAGAAGCUGCCUUCUUCAAGAAAGAAGCCCAAGUUAAAGGACCUGCUCUAUGUGCCCAAACCAGAUUCUCACAGUUCCCAUUCCACACUUCAACCAUCUGAUGUUUUUGAACAACCUCAAUCUUGUGAGCAAAAGAAAAUUGAGUUUCACAUUUCAGCAAAUGUGUCUGGUAUUCUGGAAGGAGGAUUACUUCAGGAGGAGAAUAGACACGAGACUACAGAGGUGGAGGAAACGGCAAAUGAGGAAGAGGGUGUUGGGUUUGGAAAGAUCUACCCAACCCCAUUAACCAAUGACCAGGAGGAAGGUGGAGAUGAGGAUGAGGAUGAAGAUGAUAUCCCAUCUGAAUUCAUAUCCAGACGAGAGCUGGAGAAAGGCAGAAUCUCAAAAGAAGAAAUCAAAAGACUGUCCGUGUAUAAAAAAUAUGAGCCUGGAGACCCAACAUGCAGGCUUUACGUCAAGAACGUUGCCAAGCGAGUCGAAGAAAAAGACUUAAAGUAUAUCUUUGGAAGAUACAUAGACUUCUCCUCAGACACUGAAAGAAACAUGUUUGAUAUUGUUUUAAUGAAAGAAGGUCGGAUGAAAGGACAAGCAUUUAUUGGACUUCCAAGUGAGAAAGCGGCUUCAAAGGCUUUAAAGGAGACAAAUGGAUAUGUCCUUUAUGAUAAACCAAUGGUGGUUCAAUUUGCCAGGUCUGCAAAGCCAAAAGAUUCAACAGAUGCUAAAAAAGGACAAAAAAAGCAUUAAGGAUUAGGAACAUGGAUGUGACACUGCAGACCGGCCUUCCUGCUACGGUGAUGUCAUCUCUGGGUAGAAGGAAGGUGGGAGGUGCACUGGGAAGCAGAUGUCUGUCAGAGGAAAUGGAAUGGCUUGCUGCCAGAUAAGCAACACUAAUGAAAAUCCAUUUGUUGCCAUUCAUGUUAAUGCCAAAUUAUGAACUGCAAAUUAAAUCCACACAUUGUUUCAUUUGCGGUGGUCCAUAUGUCCCUCUUGCAAAACAAACUGCCUGUGCCAGCUGAAUGAAGUUUUUCUGUUGUGGGUAUGUAAAUAUAUAGUUUUUUUUUUUUUAUUUUUUUUUUAUAAAUUUAGUCGUUGCCAGUUAUUUUUAUUUUCUCCCAAUUUGGAAUGGCCAAUUAUUUUUUGGCUCAGCUCACCGCUACCACCCCUGCGCUGACUCGGGAGGGCGAAGACUAACACACGCUGUCCUCCAAAGUGUGUGCUGUCAGCCGACCUUUUUUUUUUUUUUUUUCCCACACUGCGGACUCAUCGUGCAGCCCCCCCAAGAGCUACAGCGUCAGAGGACAACGCAGCUCUCGGGCAGCUUACAGGCAAGCCCGCAGGCACCCGGCUAGACUACAGGGGUUGCUGGUAUGGACAGGAGUUUGGUUUUUGACACAUUCCUGGCGGUUACAAAUUUUGUCAUUAAUUUUUUUCUAAAAACAGUUUUAUGGGGAAAACAAAUGGCAAAUAAUUAUUAUAAGGAAAAUAGAUCCCUUUAAUACUGAAAAGCCCCUACAUCAUUUCUGAAUAGUUUCUUUGUUUAGUAACUUUGUUGAAUGUUUUUCUUUUGUAAAAAAGCUCAUGUGUGUAACACAUCAUAGACCCUAUUCACAAUCCUAAAUAAAUUUAUUUUUAAAAGUGUUUUUCAACUGAUUUAAAUGAAAUUGUAUUGAAAACAACUGUCUUUUUUGAAUAAGCAGCAAUAAUCUAACGCAUUUUAAUAAUUCAAACAUUUAUGCCAUCUUUACAGAACCUGUUCACUAAAUCUCAACAUUAUUUUUUAAUAAAAUACCCUCAGCUUA